AUGGGUGUGGGUGUGGGUGUAGGUGUGGGCGGGGUCGCAGUCAUGGAAAUGGAAGUGGAGAGAAUGAUAGCAAUCGUGGGUGUGGCCAUGGCCGUGGUCAUAGUCGUGGAUGGACUGGUAGUCAUGGCUGUGGUGGACAAUGUGUCAUUCCCACUUUCCAAUUUACAAGAGAGUUCCGAUUCUGGACAUUCUCCGCCACCAAGCCCUACCCCCCCUCAUCCAUGGCCACAGCCAAAGCAUAUUAACCCAACCCGUCCCGGCCUUGCUUCUUUGAAAGAUGAUAGCAACCAGGAAGGUGUAAAUGAGCUGUUGGAGGAAAGGAAUGUGGAUGAGGUCAAAAAUAAUGCCGAGGAAGGUGAUACAGGAGCUCAGGAUAGCUCAGGGAUGGAAGGAACAGUGGAUAUUCCAGCUGAUGUCUUGGAUGAGGAGGAAGAAGGUGAUGAAGUGGGAGUGAUGAAUGUGAAUGGCCACUGUUGGAUUGCAGGAAGAACACUACAGUUUCUCAAUGUCUGGAGCGAUGGUGAUAUCACCUGGGAGCCUAUGACUGGAGAGAUUAACAAUUUGGAGGCAGUGGAUAAGUAUCUUGAACAUCAUGAUUGUUACAAACCAUUCACUUUUCUGGCCCACUGA